AUGGAUUGUUUGGGAGCACUUCCCCCUCUGCUGCUGUUGACCUGCAGCCUCUUCACAGGGCUGAGUGACGGAUACAACUUUGACACAAAAAACUUCAAGAUCUUCAGAGGAUCCAAGGACACACAGUUUGGAUAUACAGUCCAGCAGCAUGAAGCGGGAGGCAGGAGCUGGUUGCUGGUGGGAGCCCCCUUAGAGUCCACUGGGAGGAGACAGACCGGUGAUGUGUUCAGGUGUCCUCUGGAUUUCAGGAUCGAUGCAAACUGCUCGAGACUGAACCUCGGGAAACUGUCUCUGGACCAUGUGUCCGAACGAAAAGACGGCAUGAGGCUGGGGAUGAGUCUAACGUCCAACCCCAGAGAUAGCAGCUUUGUGACCUGUGGUCCUCUCUGGUCUCAUGAGUGUGGGAGUUCUCUCUACAGUACUGGGAUCUGCUCUCGUGUUGGACGUAACUUCAGACUGUCCCACACCAUGGCCCCCGCCCUGCAGAGGUGUGAGACGUUCAUGGACAUCGUGAUAGUGUUGGACGGCUCUAAUUCCAUCUACCCCUGGUCCGAGGUCCAGGACUUCCUCAUCAACGUCCUGCAGAAGUUCUACAUUGGCCCAGGUCAGACUCAGGUGGGAGUGGUCCAGUAUGGAUCUUCUGUGGUGCAUGAGUUCUCUUUGGGAGACUACCUCACGGUGGACGAUGUGGUGACAGCAGCUCGCAUAAUCGACCAGAGAGGCGGCGAGGAGACCAGGACGGCACUGGGCAUCGCCACGGCCCGGAGAGAGGCGUUUAAACGUGGCGGUCGUCCUGGAGCAAAGAAGGUGAUGAUAGUGAUCACAGAUGGAGAGUCUCACGACAGUCCAGACCUGCAGCAGGCGGUGGAGCAGAGCGAGAGGGAGAACAUCACACUCUACGCCAUCGCGGUUCUUGGGUACUAUAACCGCAGAGGCACAAACCCAGAGUCUUUCCUGAAGGAAAUCAGGUUCAUUGCCAGUGAUCCUGACGAGCAACACUUCUUCAACGUCACAGAUGAAUCUGCUCUGAAGGACAUAGUGGACGCACUGGGAGAGCGGAUCUUCACUCUGGAGGGUACCAGCAGUCAGGGCCGUGGGUUCGGUCUGCAGAUGGCUCAGGCUGGAUUCUCCUCUCAUGUUGUCAAAGAUGGCAUCCUGCUGGGGGCCGUUGGGGCCUAUGACUGGACCGGAGCCGUGUUGAAGGAGACCAAACAGGGGAAAGUGGUUCCUCCCAAGUCCUCGUACCAGGACGAGUUUCCAGAAGAACUCAAAAACCAUGGAGCAUACCUGGGGUAUUCUCUGAGUUCUCUGUCUUCUCCUGGAGCUCAGAUCUACGUCGCUGGAGCUCCGCGCUUCAACCACACGGGGAAAGUCCUGAUCUUCAGCCUGAAGAACUCUGGGAACCUGAGCAUCCUGCACUCUCUGCCCGGAGAACAGAUUGGGUCGUACUUCGGGAGUGUGUUGCUGUCGCUGGAUGUGGACGAUAAUGGUCAGACAGAUGUGCUGCUGGUGUCUGCUCCCAUGUUCUACAGUCAGGGCUGGGAGCGCGGAAAGGUCUACGUCUACAGGGUCCAGUGGUGGAGCCAGCAGGGGGCGCUGCAGCAGUCGUUCAGCCUGCAGGGGGUGCUGUUGCCCUCUGCUCUCUCUCAGAACUCUCGCUUCGGCUCAGCUCUGUCUGAUCUGCCCGACAUGAACGCAGACGGCUUCAGGGAGCUGGUGGUGGGAGCACCGCUGGAGGACGACCACCAGGGGGCAGUGUAUGUGUUCCACGGACAGGACCAGGCCAUCCAGCCACAGUUCAAACAGAGGAUUGCAGCCUCGGACCUGGACUACGGUCUUCAGUACUUUGGGCAGAGUCUUCACGGAGUCCUGGACCUGAACGCAGACGGACUGGUCGAUCUGUCGGUGGGUGCUCGAGGGGCUGCGGUCGUCAUCUGGUCUCGCGGCGUGGUGAGGGUCCAGGCCCGGCUCCUGUUUGAACCAGAGAAAGUGAAUCUGUUUAAUAAAGACUGUGACCGCGGAGGAAGGGCGGUCACCUGUAUGUCUGCCACAGUGUGUCUGAGUCUGGAGGCACGCACACAUGGUCCUGCACGCACCGAUGUGGCCGCCUGGUACUCUCUGGUUCUGGACGAGAAGAGGUUUCCGCCUAGAGCCGUUCUGGACGAAUCGUAUCGAAAUCAGCCACGGAACUUAACUUUGACCACUGGGGGGCAGCGCUGCCAGAGACUGGGCUUCUUUGUGCAGGAAACAGCAGAUUACGGACGCCCCAUCGCUGUGGUGCUGGAGACUGGACUCAGAAACAAAGAAGAAGGUGCCAUUUUGGAUCCGGACUCUCCCACCACUCUGAGGGCCGAGCUUCCCUUCUGGAACGGCUGUGAGCAGGAGGACAGCUGUGUCCCAAACCUGGUUCUGACGAGUCGCACGGACCUGCCCACGAUCCAAGAGUUCUGCAGCUCCGCAGAGGGCGCGCAGUGGUCCGUGUGUCUCCACAAGGAGGCGUCACAGCAGCAGUACGUGAUGGGGUCCAGCCGCAGGAAGGUGGUGGUCACGGCCCGAGUGGAGAACCAGGGAGAGAACGCUUACGGAGCCAUGGUGCACAUCCGCCACUCACCAAACCUGCUCUUCAACAGCCUCAUGGUCAAGGAUCAGGCAGACGUCCAGAUCGAGUGCUCCUCCGAGGACAGACCCACAAGGAGUUGUAACAUCAGCGCUCCCUUCAUGAAGUCACAGUCUCAGGUCUCGUUCACUGUAGAGUUCGAGCUGAAUCGCUCUGUGUUCAUGGACCACAUCCGAAUCGUCAUGACGACCACAAGUGAUGGAGACGAGGAAUUUCCAGACGACAACAUCAACGACUUGGACCUUCCUCUGAGAUACCAGACAGAACUGCUCUUCACCAGAGACACUAAUCCUCCACGGUUCGACAUCAAAACAUCGUCAUCUUUGAACAGAACUGACCACAACUUUAACCUCACGUAUUAUGUGCAGAACCUAGGUCUGGUCCCGGUGGAGGAUCUUCUGUUCGGGGCAGAGAUCUGGUCUGUGACGCCUCAGAGGAACCAGAUCGUCCACAUCACAGACUACAGUAUACACCAGACGUCCGGGUCGUGCUUGCUGCCUCAGAUCACACUCAACAAUCACAUCAAAGAAGAGGAUCUGUCCAGACUGUCACAGCUGAACGGCAGCAACAGCGAGAGUCUGAGGGUCCAGUGCAGGGUCUCAGCGCCAGUGUCCAAACAGGUCCAGGUCACGAUCACAGGAAGACUCAACUCUACCACUCUGUCCAAGAUCGGCUUCAAGUCCCUGAAGAUCUUGACUUCGUCCUGGAUCGAGCUGGAGUCGAGCAGCUCCCUGUUCCUGCAGGAGGAGCGGCCGCUGCGACAGAUUGUGCUGGAGCUGAGGAGGGAGGAGGAGCCGGUGGUCUCUGUGUGGAUCAUCCUGAGCAGCUCUGUGGGGGGUCUGCUGCUGCUGGCUCUGCUGGUGCUGGCUCUGUGGAAGCUGGGCUUCUUUAACAGACGGAGGCGCAAGGAGGAGGAGCCAGGGUCCAGUGAGAAGUCCCCAGAGGGGCUGUGA